AUGCCCUUUUCUGAAAACUCGGACCUGGGACCUCAAUAUCAUGACGACAUUGAAGACGAUGACUCAAUAAGUUCGGAUACCUCUUCAAAUGAGCCAGAAGUGUUAGGUGGCCAGAAUCCUGAGGCACUCUCGUCAACAGGGCCUGCCAGUGAAUAUGACGAAGACGUCGAGGAUGACGAUGAAGUUCCAGUUCAUAGCUUAGAUCAGGAAGGUACUAGUGCGCACAAGUGGGAGUUGUUCCGUCUUGACAGUGGCAUUAACUACAUUCCCCUGAACGAUGACGCUGAUAGAGUCAUUUUAGGACUCAAACAAGGUCAAGAUGUCAUGAUCGCUGGAAGCUUUCAGCUUCAGAUUUUGAAGGGAGGAAUAAAGUUUAACGACGUCCAUUAUAACGCUUCUCAAAGUCCUAUCUCUAUAUGGCAUCCAUCGUGCUCAUCCAUGUCGCCAAUAUCGAGCUCUUUCUACGCAGGUUGGAAUGAGCGCACAUUCAUCACAUCGGAAGUUUCGAAAACCAGAAUGAAUCAACAAAACUUUGAAUGCAUACUACUUAUAUCUAACCGCUGCACAGGAUUACUAGAUAUUGCAAAAUUGGACUACGUUUUUAGGAAUCUUUGGGUUUCUAGGGAAUACUUCUCGUCUCAACACAUCAAAUCGUCAAGAAGCUCCACGUUUGUUGUUUUAAGUCACGAAACAAUGAGAGAUCCAAGCUCUGUAUCAACGCUCAAUAUUUCUAGGUCGUGGUCCAACAAGCUGGCCGAACUUUCACUUUUUCAUCAAAGAAAUUCGCACGACAUGCGAAUCAUGGUGCUAGGUGGUAAAAACUCAGGGAAGUCUACAUUUCUGCGGCUGUUGUUGCAGAAACUUCUCCAUGUCGAUAACGAAGACGACGAAAGUCUCUUUUACCUGGAUAUAGACCCAGGCCAGACCGAAUUUUCAAGGCCAGAAUGCAUUUCACUUAGCGGGAUACAAAAGGAUCUCGAACUGGGGAAUCCUCUAGGACAGUCCAAAAUUGUCCCAAUCUCGGAACGUUAUUUGGGUACAAACAAUCCAAGCGUUUUUCCUACUCAGUACCUCGCGGAAGUGUCUGAAUUAAUCGACCUUUUUACCGGUUAUGCCCACAUGGGCACAACGCUGCUGAAUGUUCCAGGGUGGGUCAAGGGUUUUGGUAUACAAAUUAUGAAUAGCGUCAUCCGCCGAUUUAAACCUACACACAUAUUACUUCUGGGAUCUGAGGCGAAAACCCAAUCUUUGUUAAGUGAGCUACAGAUCGAUCCCACAUUCUCUACACCUCUGCGAGAAAAUUACGAGCCUGAAAUAGAUUUUUUAGACGGCUACCAUGGAACUACGACAACCUUCUCACUGAAAGCGAAAAUUCAGCCCCAUCAUUUAAGGCAAUUUCGGCUUCUGUCAUAUUUUCACAGACUCCGUCGUCCUAGUAAAGUUAUCGAGUAUGACUUUACACCUUUGAUAAAAAAGGCGCCUCUUAGAGUCUCAUUUGGAAGUUUAGCACCGGUCAAAGCGUUUAAGCUUGAAAGUAUCGGGAACAAUUGGACUGACGCAAAUAUCAAAGACGUGCUGGAAGGCACUGUUGUCGGGGUUUACAAAACUAGCGACAAGCUUGUGGUAGAUACAAAGAACAGCUUCCCAAUUUUAAAAGAGAAUGUCAACGAAGAAUUUUUUGGCUUGGGCCUUAUUCACUCGAUAGAUAUUCAAGGCGCUUACCUGAACAUUUAUCUUCCCUUUUCCCGCGAUGCGGACAGAUUGAAGGUCUCCAAAUCGAAAUUCAUUAUAAAGAGAUGCAAGACGGAAGCACCAGUAUGCGAGCUUUAUCCCCAGGAUGGAACUUUGCAAAAUGAACGCGGUAAUCUUGAAAUGCCAUUUGUGUCUUUUCGGAAACCUAAAAAGUAUGAAUAUGUUUGGAAGGUGCGGAGAAAUAUUCAAAGGAGAGGACAUCUUGAAAGGUGA